ACUUCUUUUUAAUAAUGAAAUAAAAGACGAGAGAGAGAAGAGCGAAGCCACCUCUGAGAAGGGCUAGCGGGAUUGCAUUUAUCUUCGCCCCCAGCUGCCUCUCUCGUCUCUCGUCUCUCGUCUCUCGUCUCAGCUCCGGGUUGAGAUCUCGGGAGCUACACACUGAAUUAGGGUUGCUGCUGGGGGGAAGAAGAAGAAGAAGAAGAAGACAAUGGGGGUUAUGUCCAGACGGGUCUUGCCCGCCUGUGGUAACAUCUGUUUCUUCUGUUGUCCUUCCUUGAGGGUUAGGUCAAGGCAUCCUGUUAAACGCUAUAAGCAAAUGCUCGCCGAUAUUUUCCCUCGUAAUCAGGAUGCUGAGCCGAAUGAUAGAAAAAUAGGCAAGCUUUGUGAGUAUGCGUCAAGGAAUCCUUUACGAAUCCCAAAGAUCAAUGAAUACCUUGAGCAAAAAUGUUACAGAGAAUUGCGAAAUGGGAAUAUCGGAUCAGUUAAAGUCGUCUUGUGCAUUUACAAGAGAUUGCUUUCAUCAUGUAAGGAGCAGAUGCCUUUGUUUUCCUGUAGUUUGCUAACCAUUGUCCCAACUCUUUUGGAGCAAACAAAAGAUGUUGAAGUUCAGAUCUUGGGUUGCUAUACCCUUGUUGACUUUAUAACCUUACAGACUGAGAAUUCACACAUGUUCAACUUAGAAGGUCUAAUCCCUAAACUUUGUCAACUUGCUCAAGAAAUGGGGGAUGAUGAAAGAUUACUCCGAUUACGGUCUGCAGCAAUGCAGGCUUUGGCAAUCAUGGCAUCUUUCAUUGGUGAGCAUUCCCAACUAUCAAUGGACUUGGAUAUGAUUAUCUCUGUGAUUCUUGAGAAUUAUAUGGAUUUGGAGAAGGGUCAAGAAGAUACAAACGAACUUAAUCCUGUGACUGACUAUAACUUGGAGAAAAACAUGGAGAAUUCGAAGAGCGCUUCAUACUGGUCUAUGGUUUGCCUCUGCAAUAUAGCCAAGUUAGCAAAGGAAACUACAACUGUUCGUCGUGUUCUGGAACCGCUUUUGAAUGCUUUUGACAGUGGUGAUUACUGGUCUCCACAGAAGAGCGUUGCCCCUUCUGUUCUACUGUUUCUGCAGUCUCGUCUGGAAGAAUCAGGAGGGAGCUGUCAUGUGUUGGUAUCUUCUUUGAUCAAGCACUUGGAUCAUAAGAAUGUGACGAAGCAACAAGGUAUUCAAGUUAACAUGGUUAAGGUAGCCACAUGCCUUGUGGUGCAUGCUAAGCAGGGGGCUUCAGGAGCGAUGACUGCUGUAAUAGCUGAGCUGAUUAAGCACUUGCGGAAAUGCCUGCAAAAUGCAGCUGAAUCGGAUCUCUCUGCUAAUGAAACGAAGCAGAACUCUGAGCUUCAGCAUGCUUUAGAAAAUUGCAUUGCGGAGCUCUCAAAAAAGGUUGGGGAUGCAGGGCCUAUUCUUGAUAUGUUGGCGGUGGUUCUUGAGACUAUAUCCACCAAUGUAUACGUUGCUAGGACCACAGCAUCAGCCAUUCUCCGUGCUGCACUUAUAGUAUCAGUGGUCCCAAAUGUUACUUACCACAAGAAAGUGUUUCCAGAUGCCUUGUUUCACCAACUGCUCCUUGCGAUGUCACACACAGAUUGUGAAACUAGAGUUGUGGCACACAGUAUAUUCUCAGUUCUGCUUCUUGGAACUCUUUGUUUGCCUUGGUCAGACCAACAUAAGGAAACCUCAGAUGCUGUUGAGGAAUCCUUAAACAGUGAUCAGUAUAAAGAUGUAAACCACACAUCCUUGAGUAGCUUAAAGGAUGUAGAUGGUGGCAUUAAGUCGCUAUGUUCACUCAGACUCAGUAGUAAUCAAGUGAAUAUGCUCCUUUCAUCCCUAUGGAUCCAAGCAACUUCCACCGGGAAUACCCCUGCGAAUUUUGAGGCUAUGGCCAGCACGUAUAGUACCACUAUUUUGUUUUCACUAGCAAAGAGAUCAAAGCACAUGGCUCUGGUGUGGUGUUUUCAGCUAGCAUUCUCUCUUAGAAAUCUCUCGCUGAAUCAAAAUGGAGGUUUGCAGCUCUCUCGUAGAAGAUCGAUCUUCACAUUUGCAUCAUACUUGCUCAUUUUAAGUGCCAAGAUCUCCAAUAUACCUGAGCUAAUUCCAAUAGUCAAAGAAUCUUUAACUGCUCAAAUGGUUGAUCCUUGUCUUGUUCUGGAAAGAGAUAUCAGACUUCGGGCUGUAUGUUCUGGAUCUGAGACAGAUGAUAGUGAUGCUCUCAACUCGUCAGUGGUUGUUGCAAAUGAUAGUCGCCUGAAGGAUAUCGUUAUCACUCAUUUUACAUCGAAGUUUCCGACAUUAUCCGAGGAGGAGCAAUCAAAUCUGAGAAAGGAGAUUAACUCAGAUUUUUGCCGAGAUGAUGCACACCCUCUUGUUGCACCAUUGUUCAUGGAUACAGCUGGAUCUGAUUCUCCUCUUAAUCAAAUAGAGCUUCCAGCUUUUGAAGAGGUUGAGCUUCCAGCAAUAGUAGCAUUCGAAGGCAUUUCCCCGGGUGUUAGUGGGAGUCAGUCUGGCCACACAACAUCAUUGUCCACAAACACUAACCCUGUAGAUGUUCUGAGUGUCAACGAGUUGUUAGAAUCGGUGUCAGAAACUGCUCGGCAAGUUGCAAGUCUCCCUGUUUCCUCGCUUCCUGUACCUUAUGACCAAAUGAUGAACCAGUGUGAAGCACUUAUGAACGGUAAGCAGCAAAAGAUGUCUGUUCUUAGAAGUUUCAAACCCGAAGCAGCCAAAGCUAUAACUUUCUCUGAAGAAGAUGAAAAGGAGGAAGUCUUUCUUCUCAAGGAGACAGAAGAAGCUAAUGAAGAUGAUCAGAAGGCACUGGCACCAGUCCAACCUCAAGGCCUGCUCGCAUCCUGCUCACACGGAGUGGAACAAGAUUCGUUUCGGUUACCUCCUUCAAGCCCCUACGAUGAAUUUUUGAAAGCAGCCGGAUGUUAAAACCAUGCAUAGAAGGUAUAUAUAUAUAGACACGACACACACACACACAAGGCAUAGUAUAAUAUAAUAUGAUCAAGUGUGGUCUUCUGCUUCAUAUAUUCUUUAGUCACAAUCUUGGCUCUUUCUGGAAGCUACUAUGAUUGUGGUAGUUUAGGAUCCAGAACUAUGAUUGACCACUCAAUGUUUGUGUCUGAUUUGUUCUGAGCUUGGAUUUUGUAUGUGACAAAUGGAAUAAAUGAGUCAAAAGUAGUUUGAUGGAGAAUAUUAGUAGAAGAUAUA